CGUGGGCAGUCCUGGCCACCUUCUCCUCUUGGGGGCAAAGGGCAGGCAGUUCAGUCCAGGCGCCCAGGCUUACAGAAUCCAGGCAUGGCUGGACCUGAGUGGGAGUCGCUGGAGAAGUGCUUGGAGGCUAACCUGUCCCCUGCAGACUUGCGGGAGGUGAAACGCAUUCUCUACGGCAAGGAGACCAGGAAGCUCGAUCUGCCCAGCAGAGCUUUCAAAGCUGCCUCCGAAGGAGACUUCGAGCUGCAGGGAUAUGGCUUCGAAGCCGCCAAGGAGCAGCUGAGACAGCCCCGGAUCGUGCGCGUGGGGCUCGUUCAGAACAGAAUCCCCCUUCCGGCCGACGCCCCUGUGGCGGAACAGGUCUCUGCCCUUCACAGGCGCAUAGGAGCCAUUGCAGAGGUGGCUGCGAUGUGCGGAGUCAACAUCAUCUGUUUCCAGGAAGCUUGGACAAUGCCCUUUGCUUUCUGUACGAGAGAGAAGCUUCCUUGGACGGAAUUUGCCGAGUCAGCAGAGGAGGGGCCCACGACCAGAUUCUGUCAGAAGCUGGCAAAGAAGUACGACAUGGUGGUGGUGUCCCCCAUCCUGGAGCGGGACGGAGAGCAUGGGGACAUUCUGUGGAACACGGCUGUGGUGAUCUCUAACUCUGGAGCCGUCCUGGGCAAGACCAGGAAGAACCACAUCCCCAGAGUGGGCGAUUUCAACGAGUCAACCUACUACAUGGAGGGGAACCUGGGCCACCCCGUGUUCCAGACGCAGUUUGGAAGGAUCGCGGUGAACAUUUGCUACGGGCGGCACCACCCCCUCAACUGGCUCAUGUACAGCAUCAAUGGGGCCGAGAUCAUCUUCAACCCCUCUGCCACCAUCGGAGCACUCAGCGAGUCCCUGUGGCCGGUGGAGGCCAGAAAUGCCGCCAUUGCCAAUCACUGCUUCACUUGCGCCAUCAACCGCGUGGGCGAGGAGCACUUUCCGAAUGAGUUUACCUCCGGAGAUGGAAAGAAAGCUCACCAGGACUUUGGCUACUUUUACGGCUCCAGCUACGUGGCGGGUCCUGACAGCAGCCGCACUCCCGGGCUGUCCCGGAACCGGGACGGGCUCCUGGUGGCUGAGCUCGACCUCAACCUCUGCCGGCAGGUGAACGAUAUCUGGAACUUCAAGAUGACCGGCAGGUACGAGAUGUACGCGCGGGAGCUGGCCGAGGCCAUCAAACCCAACUACAGCCCCCCGGUGCUGAAAGAGUAGCUGGUGUGGGCUCCUGCUGCCGAGGGGCCGGGCCUCUGCCCUCAGUGGAUCGGAAGUGAGGCAGGCUCCACGUCCCAAGUCCUCCUUGAUAACGUUGCUGUCCGGAUUGGUUUUCAAGUGUCCGGGCAGAGUGGCGAGUGACCACGUCGUGGGUACAAGGUUUGCUUCUUGGGGGACUGGACAGGUUUGGCGGCAGAUGGAGGAGAGGGUUGCACAACCAUGUCCUACAUGCCUCUGGAUUGUAUUAAAAAGGUUCAUUAUAUGUUA